CUAGGUAAGAGAUCAGUGUGUCACGCGAGAGAGUCUAAGAUUGAGAAACACAGAAGAGAGACCACGUAGAGUUCUUUGGAGAAUAGUGUUAGAGCGAUAAAGCAGAAGAACUCGCCACCAAAAACAUCAGAAAAUGUGGUAGCUAUAACGAAUAAGACAGUCGUCUUUACCGACUGCUUAGUCUUGUACUUCUAGACAUUAUAGACCUUCCUACAGCUUCUACUAAAAAGCAAAAAGCAAAAUUCUAGUCAAAGAAACUCCAAUACCAAAGAUGGCCGAGCAUUCUGCAGAUAGCGACUCGGACGGUGGGAAUGAAGGCAUUCUCAAUGCGAGUUUUGGUGCGGACUUUAAGGACAUCUUCGUGCCACCAGAGAAAUUGCGCAGUCUCGGUAGCAAAGUAGAAGAUGGCUCGAGUGCGAGUGGACGAGAGAAGGCAUCUUCAAGUACUAGUACAGACCCAGGUGGCGAACUCGGAGGUAUAACAACGACACCGGAAUUGGCACGGAGUCUCUAUGGGGAUUUGCUUUCCCCGACGCAACAUUAUGGGUGGAGUGCUAGUUCAUCAAAUGACUCUUCUAGCAUGUUGAAAAGUAGUUCUGCUAAAUGAUUAAGUCUAAGCUCUAAGAAAGGGACCAGGGUUCUUCCGGACAAAAAGAGGCAGCGGAGGAGUCACCACCUAUAUCAGAUGAGGCUGCGGGAGCAAAAGAGCAACAGACCAGUAAAGAUCAGCAGUUGCAUGAACCAGGCAGUCCACCUGCACCUUCUCCGCCACGGAAUCAGCAAGUAUCUCCCACCAGACAAGAUGCCAACUACUCUCCAUCCCCAACAGCAUCCCCACCGCUGGGGCCUCCGCUGUCGUCGCCAGGUGGUAGUAGUAAGCCGUUUUCCCCCCAUAGCGGUAGGCCGAAGCCGGUCUCGAUUGACACUGCGACGGUGCAAUCGUCAUCGAAAAACAGUUCGAUGCCUCCGAGUCCUAAGCAUGCUUCCCUCUCUGGCUCGAACUGGAACCUGCCGAAAAUACCAGGCCUACUCCCGCCAGGUGCAAGAACGCCUCUUAUGAUCAUGUGGAAUAAUUAGAUAGUGCUAUGAUUAGUAAUUCCAACUCUAUCUUCUCUGGCACUUAUCUCGAGCUUCUACUGUUAUUAGCCUGGCUACCUGUGAAUUUGUUCUUGUUGUGAAUGUUUUCCAAUUGAUCUUCAUGUACAGAUUGGUUUCAAACCUGAAGUACAUGACCAUGACCAUUGUUGACUGUACCAUCACAGUACUACCCUCACAUCAUUACUUUCAUUCCCAGCGAAGGCGAGAGUCGAAAAGCGGUCCCUCUGCCUGCAGCACAACAGCAAAGCGACCUUGCCCUUCCACCACCGACUCCGAGCCCUAGCGCCAAACGCAAACGUCGAAGACCCAGAGGAGAAGAGAACGCUGGUGGAGAAGACGGCUCCUCCUCACCCGCAUCGAGUAGCCUCUCCAUGAGUCAGACGACGUAUGGGACGUCGACUCUGGGUCAUUCUUUUUCGUCUUUAAACCGAGGAGGGCAAGGCGAGAGCAUGUACCAGCGCGCACAACGAGAGAGGGAGAGGUUGCGUAAACUGAAGUCUGGUGUUGGUGGAAAAAAGACAUCUUCUCUCCAACCCACAUCCAAAGGAGGGAAAAAGCAACAAGAAAAAGAAACCCCAGAGACAACAACUAGUUAUGUGGCAGCAACUCCACAAGCACAAGUAGUUGAGCACUUCCAGAUGGCGUCCGAUGAUGAAGACGACGUGGACGUUUUGCCGAGUCCUACAGCACCGCAGCGGAAUUCUGUCGCGAAGAUUCGCGAGUUGUACGAACAAAAGUCAGGAGGCGGAUCGUCACAGCCGUCGUCGAGUAAAGGGAGCACGGACGCACCCACGACAGUCAUCAAACCUCUAUCGACCAGUAAAGACCUGCUCGCGACGAACGGCACAGCAGACGAUGCGACUCCUAUGGUGACUCCUCGAUCAGUAGCGUCUUCAGCACGCUCUACCCCUCAGGUCGUAUUACGUCGUGGACGCGUGAUGUCAGGUACGACCAGCCCGAUGACUCCAACCAGUAGUACAGCGUUAAGGGAUUUCCAAAAAUUUCGUGCAGAGGAACUCUCGAAACUCGCAGACGCGGGAAAAAAGUUGGCAGAGUAUCAACGCAGCAGAACGGGACCAACCGCCAAUUCUGACGAACAACCGGAUCAUGACGACUCCCAUCUCCGCGAAGAUGACGAAGGAACUGAGGAUGGUUUGAGCGACGUUUUUGAUGAGAACCUAGAAUCCGAGUUAGGACAGCUCCGUGAAAAGUACAAGGCAAACAAAAGUACAGCACAGGAUGCACAUGGUAAUGCUGCACAUAAAAACAAGAACAAUACUGCUACGUCAAAAGGUGGUUCUCCGUCCACUGAUAGACGAGAAUUUGCUAUGACCCCAGAGGAUGACGGCUCACCUCCUUUUUCGCCAAUCGAUGGGGACGCGGAAACGAAUUCGAGUAAACCACGUAGAAAGUCCUUUGAUCCUACCGCCGCUUUUGGUACAUUGGAGUCGUUGCGGAAGAGUGACCGUGUUCCUAGGUUCGGCCAGUCCCCUGAUACAAGUGGAAUUCAGUCUCCGAUAGAUCCACGCGAAGGAGCGAGUCCGCAGAGUUCGGCCUCUGGUGCGGAGAAGGCUCUUUCGCCGCUUUCAGGUCCGGAUAUCAACUAUCUUCGACAUGUUGGGGAUCCAGCUGUAGCUGCAAGUUCGAGAAUGAACACGGCCAGCAGUAGUAGUACUGGUCCAAUUACCACUGAAACAGAUCCUGCAAAGGCAAAGGGUUUUGUGCCACCUCCCAGACCGCCUCCUAUCAGCGGUCGAGAUCGCAUUUUGAACGGGGCAACAAGUGGUACAGGAACGCCUUCAAUUGGAGCAGGACCAUCUUCCUCUCUCUUAGACUAUCAAUAUGGCGGGAGCAGCAGUAGUACGACAAGGCAGGUGCUGUCGGGUCAAGCUAUUGGGAGCUUCGCAAGCCCCGGCUCUUCGACUUUUCAAUCGCCGUCACACGUCUCUGUCACAAGCAACAGCCCUUCGCCUACCAUAGGAGCACGGAUGAACAACCGAAGUGAACAUCUCGCUCCAGGACAAGACGCACUCGCGAGAAGACCGCACCCUGCUCAGCAGAGUGACUCGAACGCUGUUAGGCAUAAUGACCCCUAUGCUGCUGGUCAACAUCACAAUUACCCUUACACUGGCGGCGAUCCAGCAUACACCUACAACGCCGGUCAGAAUGUGCAGAUCGACCCUGCAACACAUGCAUCACAUCAUCUUCCUGUUAACAGUAUUAACAAUGCCGCUUCAACAUCUCCUGUCUCACCAGGAACUACGCAGCAACCCAGUUAUAUCAUUCCCCAGAAUCUUCCACCAUCCUCGUAUACUACCCCUCAACAUGGUGCCACCCAGAACCCGAGAACCUCAUAUAACACCCUUCAACAAGGAUUAGAACAGUCAACAUCUUCAAAUGAGGAUCUUCUGCCUGCCCACCCAGCAGCUGGUAAUGAUGAGUACUUCAACUCUGUCGUCCAGCAUAAUCGACUCAGCGGCAUGACACCCGAACAGCAACAAGCAUAUCUACAGAACACACAACAACAGCAGGAGCAAGACCAAAAUACAGGGCGACUGCCGUCGGCAUUGCAUCCUCCGAACGCAGCAGCCUCUCCGUUUGUUAUGGCAAUUUUAUUGUCUUAAGUUGUCACGACUAGCAUCCUUUCGCCUAAAAAAGAGUGCUGAAGAGAAGAUUUUCAUCAGACGUAAACGUACUACAAAAUGCACUCAAAUCAAACUAAUAUAUGAAAAUACUUCGGCUAAAUCAAACGACACACGCCGCCACCUUUCUAAUGAGUAUCAACAGCAGCAUGGUUUAGCACCACAGAGUCCAGGACAGCUACCCGAGUGGCAGGGUUGGAUCGUCACCCACGAUGGCCAAGGAGCACUUUUUUUCUACCACGGAGAGCGCCAAGAAAGUACUUGGCAUCAACCGCCAGAAUUGGCAGAUUUGUUAGGAACGUGGGAGUUUGUGGCGCAAGGUAGCGAUUUUGGAAGUUUUGGUUUCAAGCUGAACAUGAAGGUUUCUUGACUGAAAUCAAAUUAAGGUUUGAGCUUACCCCCGCAAAACUCAAUCAUCAUCAAAUUUUCAUCUAUGUUAUGUUGUCGUUUCAUCUCCAGCCCAUCAGGUGACGGCCCAGACGCAGCUGGCUUCUGGCGGAAUGAACGUCUCAAAUUAUCUCUUUGGAGUGAUCCCCGCGUCUGUUCUACCGUAUUCAAGGCUGCGUUGGAUGGCAAUCUGGCCUACUUACAGCUUUACACUCACUUCUGUGCAGACGCUCUUGAUGUACGGGAUAACUCAGCUGCGGCAGGUGCGACGAAUCAAGCGCCAGCAGCAGCGCCUUUGUUACGGAGUAUGGAGAAGAAAUCUCAAUGUCUUACUGCCUAGGUGGUAAAGAACGAAAGCGUUUUUGUUGCAGCGUUUUCGUAACAAGAGUACUUUAAAAACUUGAAACAACUAAUAUGAAGUAAGUAUGAACGACGCACCACUGUUGAUUUGAACGUCCAUUCGACGCACCACCGGCAACGGCGAAAUGGACGGCUCCACCACUGUCUAAUCCUAGCACGUGGAGCCGUCCAUUUCGCCGUUGCCGGUGGUUACAACCAGGCCUUGGAGAUGUUACUUUUCGCACGUGCCGAUGUGAAUUUGCAGGAUGGUGAGGGCGCGACGCCGUUACACUACGCCUGUCGAUACGGUUAUUCAGCCUGUGUGCAGACUCUACUUCUAUGGUCAAUGUGGAUACGGUUAUUUGUAGUUGGACUGGUGGACUCUAAUAUUAAUACCUUUUGAAGCAACUAGUUCCUCAGUGUCUCCCCUUUUUCUCUAAUCUGUGACUCCGGAGCUGACUGGACGCUGCGAAAGUUCGGAGCACAGCAAGUUUUACCGACCGUCCUACACGAAGCUUGCGGUCUCGGUCAGUUGGAUGCAGUGGCCUGUCUGAUCUACUUCCAAUGCGACACGAGUCUCCACAGUGAAGAGAAUGGAGAAGGCCUUACACCAUUGCAGGUCGCAUCGAGGCUCGGCUACCACGAAAUUGUCCGUUUGUUGGCGCACAAUUUAGAUGCCAAUGCUCAGAAUAUAGAGGACUCGUCCUCUGACGAUUCCGAUAGUGAUCAGCCUGUUCUGCGCGUCGAAGAGGAGCAGGAUGAAGGACCGCUCCUAGACUUAAGACUUCCGGAAAUCUCCCCCAUCUUCAGAAGCUGCAUCUCGGACCUCCCGUGGCGUAAGGGGAAAAUGGGUCGUCCAAGAUGUUGAUUCUCAACAAAGUGGGAGAUUUCCGGAAGGUCUAAUAGACGACGAAGAGGACGAGGAGGACAGUCUUGCCGGACAAGCAUCACAGCGACCUUUGACAUCGACCUUGACGUCGCUGAUGAGAACAGUACACAAAACUGUGUCGCAGUUGUAUCCUCAAGAAGCUGCUUUGCCAGGUGACGAUGGGAAACUACGAUACGACGCACAAAGAAAAGAAUGGGUUCUUAUAUCGUGAUGCGUUACCCUACCUUGUGAAUUAGCGACCAUGAAGAUUCUAAGCCUAUUUUUUUAGAACUUUCUUUAUCCAGCAUCUGCUUCUGGACUUUGUUUAGUUUCGUAAUGGAUUCGUUAAUGGACUUUUGUUAGUUUCAGCAGUUUCGCAUGGAUGGCGGUAACUCUGAAUGAUAGGACGGAAAAGAAGCCUUCGCUUUGAUACAUCAAGUUUGACUAAGGGAGGAGCUCCAACAACCUCAUUCUUCGCUCACGCUUUUUAAUUUCAGCACUAUGUAUUUCUUGAUCCCUUCUCAAUGCCAGGGUGUUGGUACAGUGCGCAGCGAUGUUGAAUAUACUAGUAUUGUCCUCCGCUGUUGAGGUGGUUAUUCCGUGUCAUGUUGUUCUGCAGCGUGCUUGUCGGUGAACGAAAGUCGUGCUCUUGUGGUC